AUGCAACUCAGGGAGUUCAAGUACCAGGCAUUGAAGAACGACUUGCAGCCUUUGGUUGGUACCAAGCAAGCAAUAUACCUUCGAUCAACUGAACCUCAUCGUAACGAACUCCUCCGCUCCAUAAACGUCGCCUUCGGUCUUAAUGCCGAUAGGAACUUAAUUUGGGCGGACGAUGAUUUACUUGCAAUGGAUCCUUUUAUGCCACAAAUCUCGAUCACGAAUUUGUCGCUCUCGUUGCUGAUGAUUGGAACACCACUCUGGAUAACCUCUUACAAGAAGCCAUUAUGA